CAUAACGUCCAGAGCAAAGAUGCGGACAAAACCUGUACAUUAGGCUCCAGAGCAAAAAAUAAUAAAUAAAAGUAGAUAUUUCAGGAGGAACACCGGCGGACGAGCUGUGUUUGUGUGUCUAUCUGUAGCGCUGUGAAGAUCAGCUGCAGGCGCCAUGCGCGUCUUAAGCGGCUUGGUGUUUCUUCUGGCAACCGUUUUGUUCAGAGCAGACCCGAGCAGAGCGGAGGGGUGUUCAAGCUCAUCAUGUGGGAAGUGUGACUGCAGCGGUGUGAAAGGGUCAAAGGGUGAGAGAGGUUUUCCUGGUUUACAAGGCAAUAUGGGAUUUCCUGGUGUGCAAGGUCAUGAGGGCCCCCAAGGGCCAAUGGGACCAAAGGGAGAUAUUGGUGAGCCAGGGGCUCAUGGAAUGAAAGGAACACGUGGCCUUCCUGGUUUACCUGGUAUCCCGGGAAUUCCUGGGCAUCCGGGUAUCCCAGGUCAAGAUGGCCCACAGGGACCACCGGGUAUCCCAGGCUGCAACGGAACAAAGGGGGAUCGAGGUAGAGAUGGAAUCCCAGGCAUACCAGGAUUGCUGGGUCCACCAGGUUUUCCAGGUGACCCAGGAAUGAAGGGUGACCCAGGUGGUGUUAUUGGUGGGUUUAUUCCUCAGAAAGGAGAUAGAGGCUUUGAAGGGUCACCAGGAUUGCCAGGGGCACAAGGAAAUCCUGGACCACAAGGACCAGUUGGCCCACCAGGACGAGAUGGGCUUCGAGGAUUUCCUGGUGAUCCCGGCCCUCCUGGCCCUCCUGGUGAUAAGCUUAGUUUUGUUGGUCCGAAGGGUGACAAGGGUGAAAAAGGCCCCGCGGGUCUACCAGGGCCUCCUUUUCCCGGAGUGAGUGGAGGACCCACAACAGUUUAUGGACCAAAAGGUGAAAGAGGGGACACUGGAGAAAAGGGUGACAGGUGUUCACCAUAUCAAGCAGGAAUCAAAGGUGAACAAGGACCUCCAGGCCCAGAAGGAAAAGUAGGAAAGAAUGGAGAAAAUGGAGCUAAGGGGGAAAAAGGUGACCGUGGUACUGAUGGCUUUUCUGGGACGAAGGGGCAAAAGGGAGAGACAGGACCUCCCGGAUAUGGUCAUGGUGCACCCGGCCCUAAAGGUGCUUCAGGCUUACCAGGACCGAUUGGAGAGAAGGGCCCCCCUGGGUAUCCUGGAGAGCCUGGUCUCCCAGGAAAGAACAUUAUGGGUACUCCUGGAGAGACAGGCUUUCCUGGAGAGAAUGGACAGAAAGGAGACAAAGGUGCUGAUGGAGAGUCUCUCAGAGGACCCAAGGGAGCUGAUGGACUUCCUGGUCCACCUGGACCCCCAGGGCCAUUAAAUGAGGACUGUGAAGUUAGUACUGGAGAACCAGGCCCUCCUGGACCUCCUGGCUUACAAGGAGAGGUGGGACAGAAAGGUGACAGAGGAGACACUUGCACACAAUGCUCUGCUAGUGGACCUCCAGGUUUACCUGGUAGUCAGGGGCCAAAAGGAAAUCAAGGUUUCCCUGGACAAAUGGGUAGUAAAGGACAAAAGGGUCAGCCUGGCCCUUCUGGAGCACCUGGAUUUCCGGGGAAUGAUGGUGUCCAAGGUUUGAUUGGUGCUCCUGGGGCAAGGGGUGAACCAGGUGACAUCUAUAUAGCCCCAGAGCUGAAAGGAGAAAAGGGCUCACCUGGGUUUCCUGGCAGUAGGGGAUUACCAGGCAUAGAUGGAAUUCCUGGGAAAGAUGGACGUCCAGGUUUACCAGGAAUUAAAGGAGAGCCAGCUAGAGAGGGUAUUAAAGGUGACCGUGGCCAGGAUGGAGAUCCUGGGAUAAUAGGACCCACUGGUGAGAGAGGACCCCCAGGUCUUCCUGGAUUUGGCCGGCCUGGAGAGCCUGGAGAAAAGGGCAGUCAGGGAGCUCCUGGUGCUCCAGGAAAGCCAGGAAUACCAGGAUCUAAAGGUGAACCUGGAAAAGGUGUAAGUACACCAGGACCUCCAGGUCCACCAGGACCUCGUGGUGAGACAGGAUUGCAUGGCCUUCAAGGUGAAAGGGGUCCUGCUGGAGAUCAAGGAUGGCCAGGAUUACCAGGUGAAAAAGGUGACCCUGGUUUUCCAGGAAUCGGAUUACCAGGUCCACCAGGUCCAAAAGGUCACUCUGGUUUACCAGGUGCACCAGGAUUCCCUGGAGACCCUGGCAAUCCAGGCCAGGACGGUUCUCCUGGACUCCCAGGAACACCUGGACAAAAAGGUGAACCUGGCAUUGGCCUCAGAGGACCCAAGGGCUCUGUAGGAAAGCCAGGAGUGCAAGGGUUUCAAGGUGAAAAGGGUAAUUUAGGAAUGCCUGGAGUCCCUGGAACCGAAGGACAACCUGGACCACCUGGUCCUCAGGGUGUAAAAGGUGACCCUGGCCCUCCUGGAUUCCCAGGUUUGUCAGGACCACCUGGACCCCCAGGACACGGUGAGCCUGGACUACCUGGACCGAUGGGACCCCCUGGGGAACCUGGUCCCUUAGGUCGAAUUGGGUCAAAGGGAGAGAAAGGUCCGCAAGGUUUUCCUGGUCCUGCAAUGCCUGGUCCUCAAGGUGAGAAAGGCACCCCUGGUUUACCUGGAUCACCAGGGCCUAAGGGGUUGUCAGGGGAACCAGGAAGUCCAGGUAAAGAUGGAUUCCCUGGGGAGAGAGGUCACAAGGGAGAUAUUGGAAUAAUGGGAAUUCCAGGGUCACCUGGACACCAGGGUCAGGCAGGAGCCCCUGGAGCCAUUGGACCAAGAGGUGACCCUGGUCUGACUGGGCCUAGGGGAGAGUUUGGUGAACCGGGCCCUAAAGGAGAGAGAGGAGAUCCUGGUAUUCAAGGACCAGCUGGUAAUAUGACUGAAGUGGAAAUGGAGCAUAUGAAAGGAGAGAAGGGAGACAUCGGAGACAGAGGGGAUCCAGGCCCUACAGGACAGAAGGGGAUUUCUGGAGCACCUGGAGAUCCUGGAAUGCGUGGAAAGGAUGGAAUGCCUGGUACACCAGGAAAGUCAGGUGAGAAAGGUGAUCCAGGACUUCCCGGACAACCAGGACCAGAUGGACAGCCUGGAUUAAAAGGCAGCAUGGGAGAAAUGGGAUUGCCAGGAGAAUCUGGGCCAAAAGGCAGUAAAGGUAUUGCUGGGCAGCCUGGUCAUCAGGGGUUUAAGGGUGAUCCAGGAGGAAAAGGUGAAAAGGGAGUGGCAGGUCUGCCAGGCAUAGGAAUUCCUGGCAUCCCUGGUGAGAAGGGUGAAAUGGGCCCACCUGGUUUCCCUGGGGAUGCUGGACAAAAGGGAGUGAAAGGUGCAUUGGGAAUCCCCGGUAUACCUGGAACAUCAGGGUCAAAAGGAGACAUAGGCCCGAUUGGUUACCCAGGCAACCCUGGGGUACCAGGUGAAAAAGGAGUCCCUGGGUUACCUGGAUUACCAGGGCAGCCUGGUCUUGAAGGACGGCCAGGUGAACCUGGUCUGCAGGGUCCCCCAGGGCCACAUGGACAGAAAGGAGAGUCAGGAACAGAUGGAGUCCCUGGAGCCAUUGGAGAGAGGGGUGAACCAGGUUUACCUGGUAGAGGCUUUCCUGGAACCCCUGGGCAGGCAGGCACAAAAGGUGAAAAAGGCAACCAAGGUCCCCCUGGCAUGUCUGGAAGCCCUGGUGUUCCUGGAAGCAAAGGAGAGAAAGGCUUGCCAGGAUAUGUAGGUAGUCAGGGUCGACCUGGUGAAAGAGGACUACCCGGACCAUCAAUGGAGGGGCCUAAAGGGGAUAAAGGAGUUCAGGGAGAGCCUGGAGAGCCAGGGCAGACUGGUGCUCCAGGUCCAGCAGGUGUUCCAGGUAGUUCUGGUGCUAAAGGAGAGAAAGGAGAUAAAGGUUUCCCAGGCACACAGGGUAUUCAGGGUUUGAAAGGCGAUAAAGGCCUCACUGGUCAAACUGGUGAACCUGGCGUUCCAGGCUAUAAAGGACUAAAGGGUGAAAUGGGAGCUCCGGGCCUUCCUGGCUUCCAAGGAUUAAAGGGUGAGGCUGGACUGACUGGUUUCAAAGGAGAGCUUGGUGACAGAGGAUUUCCAGGCGCUAAAGGUAAUGACGGCCCUCCUGGACCUCCUGGAAUCAAUACCUUUAUAAAAGGAGACAUUGGUUUGCCAGGACCAGUGGGUCCCCAAGGUUUACCAGGGUUGCCAGGGUAUCCUGGACCAAAAGGACAGCAAGGAUUGAUUGGUAUGCAGGGUAUUAAAGGAGAGGAUGGGGCACCAGGAUACAAUGGGUUUCCUGGAGCUAAAGGAGAACCUGGGCAUACUGGACCUUCUGGACCCAGAGGAUAUCCAGGCCCCCCAGGUCCUGAUGGUGUCCCAGGUCAUGUUGGUCCUCCUGGACCCUCCUCUAUGGACCAUGGCUUCCUAGUGACUCGGCACAGUCAAUCCAUUGAAGUGCCCCUGUGUCCACAAGGCACCACUCCAAUCUAUGAUGGGUACUCUCUCCUGUAUGUGCAGGGAAAUGAGCGAUCUCAUGGCCAAGACCUGGGUACGGCUGGUAGCUGCUUGAGGAAGUUCAGCCCCAUGCCAUUCCUCUUCUGCAACAUCAACAAUGUGUGUAACUUUGCCUCUCGUAAUGACUAUUCCUACUGGCUCACAUCUCCUGAGCCCAUGCCUAUGAGCAUGGCUCCUAUCACUGGCGAAAGCAUCAAACCUUUCAUCAGCAGAUGUGCAGUAUGUGAGGCUCCUGCCAUGGUGAUUGCUGUGCACAGUCAGACUGUAGCCAUCCCACCCUGUCCUCAAGGCUGGUUAUCUCUGUGGAUUGGUUAUUCCUUUGUCAUGCACACCAGUGCAGGGGCUGAGGGCUCUGGUCAGGCUCUGGCCUCUCCUGGCUCCUGUCUGGAGGAGUUCCGCUCGGCUCCCUUCAUCGAGUGUCAUGGCCGUGGCACCUGCAACUACUAUGCUAACUCCUACAGCUUCUGGUUGGCCACCAUCGAGGAUAGUGAGAUGUUUAGCAAACCUGUCCCCACCACACUAAAGGCUGGGAAUCUGCGAACUCACAUCAGUAGAUGUCAAGUGUGCAUGAAGAGGACUUAACCUGGUCACACUCCUUCUGCAUUUGGCUUUUAGUUUCCAGUUUUACAUAAGAAAAACAGCAUGGUGCUACGUCAGAGAGAGAAAGGAGAUGGACUUAGAAAAUGUUCUUUCAGACAUAAGAAUGCUGAUCGAAACGAAAUAAGAAGGUCCAGAGUGAUGGGACCCCAAAACCUGGUGCUUCUGCUCCAUAUAGAACACUACAUUAAUAUCCUCAUUGUCUUUCCUAAAUAAAUGACACCUGUUUGCAAUUGCACUGAAUACAUCCAUUAGUAAACAGGCUGCCAUUUUGAAAAGUCUUCUGAAUCAUGUUUUAAUGAAUACAGCUAUUCUCUUGGUUCAAAUGCUAAGUACUGUUUUGCCCAGUUUACUUAACAGCACUAAAAAUAAGUAUCCUGUUAUCCCAUUUUUCCGCUCAGUUUUCCAUUAUCAUAUACUAACCUUCACAGAUUUGGGUUUUCUUUCUAGUAAUACACCAUAAGUUAUGCCUGUCCUUUAUGUAAUCUGGCAGCCAGGAUGUACUUUGAGCUCUGUUGUAAAUAUACAGCUUUCGUUAAUAAUUAACAUCUUGUCAGCAUAAUCUCUUCAGGUAAAUGCAUUUAAUUUUGUCAGUUAUUUAUGAAAGCUAUAAGAGUAUAAUGAGACCAAGGGCACAUUUUGUAUAUGGCCAUUUCCACUUUAUUGACCAAGUCACAAUAUAAUCAGCAAUUUGGUUAAGGCACAUAAUGGUGAAUUGUACAGGGUGUCUCAAAAGUCUCCACACUUAGGGGACCAUGUACCUUUGUCAGUGGAUGUUCGUGGAUGUCCACGUCUCGGUUGGUCCGUAACACUUCCAGUCUUUUUGGAUUCGUGAAGAAGUUUGGCAGCAGUGUCCUGUGAGAUGUGCUCGCCAUGUUUCCUGUUUAAGUCCAUCGCAACCUUGCGACAGCUUCCCGAUCCAGCCAUGAGAAUGAAUUCAAUAUGUUUUUCUCUUGUCAAAGACAUUCUUAAAGGCUAUCUGGAACAAAAAUCAUGUAAAAAAAAAAGACAUUUUGCUAAAAUGUGUUAAUUUCCCCUAUUUAUGGAGACUUUUGGGACACCAUGUAGUAUUUAGCACUAUAUGCUUUAGUAGGCAUAUAUCUGUGUAUAGCUUUGAAGUGUGUGAUUAUUAUUUCAGUGCCAGGGAGUGCAGUGGGGGAAUACAUGUUUACCUCGACAAGUAAUAUCAGCAAAUACAAACAGUGUGCACUGUGUGUGUAUGUUUGUGUGUGUGUGUGCACAUUUUGCCAUCCCUCAGUAAUCAUCCCUCCCUAUUUAGAGGACAUUUUCACAAUUUAUCUGAUAAGCUCUCAGUCAUACACAUAGCAGUGUAUCUCAGUGGUGUGAGUCCGUUGAAGACACCUAGUAUCUUGAGCAAUUGUGACUAGGUGCAUUUUUAAAGCCAGCUUUAAGAGUUAUGCUAUGCAGGUGAUAUCAAUAAAAACUGACUAAAGUUGCCAUGUUCCUUUCAUCUAUUUGAAACACUAAUACAGCUUGGCAUGUGUUAUCCGUAAAUGACCCAAACAUUUUGUUUGCUCAUGCUGUUCAGGAGACUAGAUUGUUUAUCUUGCUAGACUCCGUAUGUCUCAAAUUACUUUUUGCUGUCUUACGUGGUUAUUGAAUGCUAGACCAAAGAAUAUGCACAUAUGCACAUACCUAGUUUUACACUGAAUAUACUUGACUUGACAAGUAUUAUAUUUUUCAUGAUCCCCUAUAAAUUCCACAAGGAAUACUGUAUAUUCAGUUAAAACUAUGCCACUGUUUCAGCCAAAGCUGACCAUCUUAUAUACAUGUAUUCUAAAUUUCUUUUUAAUGAAUUUGAGGUUGUCAAUCCUUAAAAUUACAAGAGUGUUUCCUCUAGCGUUUCCUCAUUAGUUUUAAAAGGAUUUACUCAAGAGUGCCAUUACAAUGUUUGUCCUGGUUUAUCUCACACCAACUGAUUGUAUUCUUUCAUGUAAUUUCAUUGAUCCCACUUACAAGAUGUUGUGGGGUUUUUUUUUCUUUUUUCUGUGCUGGUGUUGUCUUACCUGUGAAUGUUCAGUUGCAGUAUGAAAAGCACUUGCUCACCAUUUUGAUUCAUGGAAGAAUGCAGAGAUGGAUGGGAUUUUCAAACACAGCUUCUUUUUCUCCCCAAAUUAGUUCACUUUGUUUCUUUCUGUGUUCUGUAUUGAAAACAUACAAUAAAUCAGUUCGUCUA